AUGGAUACCACCACUAUUAUUACUACUACCGCUGCCAUUACUACUACCACUACUGCUACUACUAUGAUUACUACUACUACUACUAUUGCUACUACUACUACUACUACUACUACUACUACUAUUGCUACUACUACUACUACUACUACUGCUAUACGUAGCACAGAGAUUCAGAACGAAGUGAAAGAUUUAAAUGACUUUGCCAUCCAGUUAAGGAAAAAAUCCCGAUCUUGGUCACAUCAUGAAACUCGGGAAAUUUUCCGGAAAUGUCAAAAAUCUACUAAUAAGCGCAUUUAUUCGCCAAUUCAUGCAUUACAAAAUAAUCAAAAUAUGCUAUUUAUGAAUCAAAUUGUUACCAAAUGUGAAUAUACCGUAUACGUAAAGGAUUUCUCGGCAGGAAUAUUCCACGAAUGCAUGACAAUCAGAUCAGUGUAA